AUGGGAAAACGUUCGAGGACUGUUGCAGCGGAAAGCGACAGCCCGACCAAGCGAGCCCGCAAGGGAAAGAACGAUGGGCGAUUAGCUAUGUUGUUAGAGAUGCCUAUGGAUAUCCUGUUUGAAAUUUUGUCGCAUGCCCAUCCGCUGGAUCUCCUGCAAGUCACCAGAACAAGCAGGGAACUGCGUCGUACAUUGCUCUCUCCCUCUUCGACGUCCAUCUGGAAAGCAUCCCUUGCAGCCGACCCAGACUUACCAGAAUGUCCACCGGAUCUGUCAUACCCCCGCUGGGUGCACCUCGUCUACGACCCUUAUUGCCAUAAUUGCUCCCGCACCCGAGUGAAAAAUCCCGAUUGGAGGCUGAGGGUACGGUUUUGCUCCCCGUGCUUCAGACAAGAGGUUUGCGAGCACGUCCCAUGGAGCUUCUGGGUGCCAAUACCUUCCUUGCUCCCACAUCGAGAUGCAAAGAAUUUCAAGCACUUAUUCGUAACGUCCCACAUAACGGAAAUGACGGCCAAGUGGAAGUCCUUCAAGAGCGACGAAGACUCACAGUUCAAGUUCUUCCUCGAACGCCUGGAGAUCGUGAAACAAAUCAACGAGCAUGCAUCUAGAUGCGAGGUGUGGGCUCGGAAGAAGGCUUUAGACCGGAUAGCCUACCAGGACCAACUGCGAUUGGACCGACGAGCGGCCAUCAUCCAGAAACUGAAAGCCGAAGGGUACGCAAAGGAUCUGGACUCUAUGACAAACGACGAUUGGACCGCCUUCGACAGGCUGAAGCCGGUCGCCCAGAACCGCGCGCUUACCGAACGAGAGAUCGCGUCUGUGGCGCGCGUCGCGUCCUACGUCCGCGUCAAUGACGCGUACAGUCGCCGCCUACUCCUCGCUAGAUUUAUCGGAUCAUUGUAUACGGGAAUGGCGAAACGUACGAAGAGGGAAAGUAUUGCUCUAGUGGAGGGGGAUGCGCACGCAGACCAGAAACCCGCCAAGCGCAAACGCAAGCGGCGGAAAGACGACAAACUUUCUAUGUUGGUGGAGAUGCCAAUGGAUAUCCUGUUCGGAGUACGCGGCGCCUUCUCUUUUUUGAUGCUCGUUACUGAAGAUGGAUAUACACGGUAUAAGAUUCUGUCUCAUCUCCACCCGCUGGAUCUCCUCCAAGUCGCUAGAACAAGCAAGGAGCUACGAAAGAGACUGCUCUCGCGCGCUGCAUCAUCUGUGUGGAAAAGGACUGUUGCGUCUGCCCCGAACUUCCAGAGUGUCCACAGGACCUCUCCUAUCCCGCAUGGGUGCACCUGGUCUAUGAUCCCUACUGUCAUGUAUCACUAUCAUUGCCCUCACUUCACCGGCGACUUCUCCGUGCUCGAAGCACUCCCGCAUCGAGAGAUUACGCCGGCUAAACAUGUAUACGUCAAGUCUCACAUCGAGAAGAUGCGCGAGAGACGGUGCAGCCCCGGGUUUGACGAUUUAGUGGUUGAACGGAGGAGAAUGAACGAACAUAUUUACGAGCAUGCGGACAGAUGCGAAGAGUGGGCUCGGAAGAAAGCAGCGGACCAUAAAGCACAUCAGGAUGCCCAGCAAUCUGAGAGGCGCGCAGCCAUCAUUCAGAAGCUGAAAGAGGAAGGCUACUCCGAGAUGAUGGCUAAGAUGACCGAAGCCGACUGGGCUGUUUUUGACGAGCUGAAGCCGGUGGCGCAGAAGCGUGCGCUUACUGACCGAGUGUAGAAGAAUAUACGGGAGGAGGUCGUGGAGUUCCUUGAGUGCUGUGUAUAAGCUUAAGAGCAACCUCAGGCUGCUGAGUUGGGGCCUGCAUCUUGCGUGCAGGUUCUUUCUCCG